AUUGCUAAACCCAAGGCUAAUAUCGAGAGCUUGGGAGAUAGCUGGGAUGAGGUAUGAUGACCCCAAGUUGGCAAAGAAAAGUGCAUCUUGCUUGCUCUCCGAUAAUCAUGGAUCGACCUCACUUGAAUUUUGGAAAUGCCGAACAAGUGGAGGGCCACUACUCAUUGCCUGGAUAAAUUCCUUCAAAAAGGCUGUCUUUUGUAGUGUGGAUGGGAAGACAUAUGGAAGAUUCAUUGGUGGAUCUAUCCUGACUGGAAUUUCAAAUUCCUAUCCACUAUAUUUUACGGUUCGAGAGUCCAAUGAAGUGAUGUCAACAGAGCAACCUUGUGAUUUGGCUUAUGAGUUUGGAAAUGGACUCUUCGAUAUACCCGAAUUGCCACAAGGUUUUCCGAAGCCAGCCAGGCAUCCUUGGCCAUUCAAUGAUCAGGUUGUUGUGUAUGUUCGUCACGUGGGCCCGGGAGUAACCGUGGGGCAAGCAUGGAAAGAGGGCGAAGCACUGGAACAAGUGCCUAAGAAGCUAUACGGAGAGAUCUUGAUGGUGAGAGAUUGUUUUCCAGAAGGAACCAAUUCUGUGAUCGCCAUGAGAUGAGCCGGACUAUCUCCCAAGGUUUGUUCAUGUGCCUCCUCACAAAUGGCUGAGGAAGCUCCCUCUUGUAUCACAAUCCUAUACAUAAUUUCAUUCACUACAAAUAUAAACUUUGUGCUGUU